ACUUGACAACUCAUCCCUCAUCGUCCAAAUCCGGUUCGGUUUCCGAAUUAGGUGGAUUUUCGGUUUACUCUUGUUUACCGGAUCCUAACAAUAAACCGAAUCCUACUAGAGACAUACGUAUCACACACUCUCCCUUCCCCUAUACAAAUCUAUCAUACUUCUCUCUCUCUCUCCAAUCUUUACCUGCAAAUCUUCUGUCUCUCCCAUGGUGGUUCCUCUACUUCAAUCAUGCCCUCUCACACCAACUUCCUCUUCAGGUGGAUUGGAUUCUUUUCCCGGAAACUCCGGCGAGAAACGACCGGAUUCUCGGAAAACAGCAUCAUCCAAAACAACGUCGGAGAAUCAAGCAGCGACGACACGCCGGUACUAACCUCCGGCGAGUGUUACGCAUGCACACAAGCAGGCGUACCUGCCUUCCACUCCACAAGCUGCGAUCAAGCCAACGCUCCAGAAUGGCGCGCCUCAGCCGGAUCCUCCCUAGUCCCGAUCCAAGAAGGAUCCGCGCCCAACCCGGUUCGAGCCCGGGUCAGACGUCUCAACGGCCCCUUCGGCGAGGUUCUCGAUCCGAGGAGCAAGCGCGUGCAGAGAUGGAACCGCGCGUUGCUUCUAGCUCGAGGGAUGGCACUUGCUGUUGAUCCGCUCUUCUUCUACGCGCUCUCCAUCGGGAGGACUACUGGACCCGCGUGUCUUUAUAUGGACGGGGCCUUCGCGGCAGUUGUAACCGUCGUUCGCACGUGUUUGGAUGGUCUUCAUCUUUGGCACGUGUGGCUUCAGUUUAGAUUGGCGUACGUGUCGAGAGAGUCGCUUGUGGUUGGGUGUGGGAAGCUUGUUUGGGAUCCACGCGCUAUUGCGUCACAUUACGCGCGCUCUCUUACUGGGUUCUGGUUUGAUGUUAUAGUCAUCCUCCCGGUUCCUCAGGCUGUGUUUUGGUUAGUGGUGCCAAAACUGAUAAGAGAAGAGAAGGUUAAGCUGAUAAUGACGAUCCUUCUGCUAAUCUUCUUGUUCCAGUUCCUCCCCAAGAUUUAUCACUGUAUCUGCUUGAUGAGAAGGAUGCAGAAAGUCACUGGUUACAUUUUUGGGACUAUUUGGUGGGGUUUUGCUCUUAAUCUCAUCGCAUAUUUCAUCGCUUCUCAUGUAGCUGGGGGAUGCUGGUAUGUUCUUGCGAUACAGCGUGUUGCUUCUUGUAUCAGACAGCAAUGCAUGAGGAACGGGAACUGUAAUCUGAGUCUGUCUUGUCAAGAAGAGGUCUGUUACCAAUUCGUGUCACCGACUAGCACAAUUGGGUAUCCAUGUUUAUCUGGAAACCUUACCAGUGUGGUCAAUAAGCCUAUGUGCUUAGACUCUGACGGACCAUUUCGAUAUGGUAUCUACGGUUGGGCACUUCCGGUCAUCUCCAGCAACUCUCUUGCGGUUAAGAUACUUUACCCUAUCUUCUGGGGGCUAAUGACUCUCAGCACAUUUGGGAAUGAUCUUGAGCCCACAAGCAACUGGCUUGAGGUUGUUUUCAGCAUAGUUAUGGUCCUUAGUGGGUUGUUACUCUUCACUCUGUUGAUCGGAAACAUUCAGGUGUUUUUGCACGCUGUAAUGGCAAAGAAGAGGAAAAUGCAGAUAAGGUGUAGGGAUAUGGAAUGGUGGAUGAAACGUAGGCAGUUACCUUCUCGGUUAAGACAGAGAGUUAGGAGAUUUGAGCGGCAAAGAUGGACUGCCUUGGGUGGAGAAGACGAGCUGGAACUUAUACAAGAUUUGCCUCCGGGUCUUCGAAGAGAUAUUAAGCGAUAUCUUUGCGUUGAUCUCAUUAACAAGGUACCAUUGUUCAGGGGCAUGGACGAUUUGAUCCUAGACAACAUUUGCGACCGUGCUAAGCCUCGUGUCUACUCUAAAGACGAAAAGAUCAUCCGCGAAGGAGAUCCUGUACAGAGAAUGAUAUUCAUAAUGCGUGGGAGAGUCAAACGUAACCAGAGCCUAAGCAAAGGCGUGGUAGCCACAAGUACACUCGAACCAGGCGGUUACUUAGGCGACGAGCUACUCUCAUGGUGCCUACGUCGUCCAUUCAUUGACCGUCUUCCUCCUUCCUCCGCAACAUUUGUCUGUCUCGACAACAUCGAGGCCUUCUCCCUCGGAUCAGAAGAUCUUAGGUACAUAACCGAUCAUUUCCGUUAUAAAUUCGCAAACGAGCGUCUAAAGAGGACUGCAAGAUACUACUCCUCAAACUGGAGGACGUGGGCUGCAGUGAAUAUUCAAAUGUCGUGGCGCCGGUACAGGAAGAGAACGUGUGGUGGUGUAGGUGGUUCGAUGAGUCCUGUGUCGGAACAUAGCGUUGAAGGUAACAGUGAACGCCGUUUACUUCAGUAUGCAGCGAUGUUCAUGUCCAUCCGACCGCAUGAUCAUCUUGAGUAAAAAAAAAAGUUGCUAAAUUAAUAAUUCAUUUGUAUCCAUUGUUCAUCUUCGAUUGUUUUGUUGUUGUGUCCCAUUGUUGUGUAAAAUAAAAUCUAUCUUUCGAUGAUGUGUAUGUGCUUUUAUUUGAGUUUAAGACUAGCAUUUGAGUUUUUCGGAAAAAA